GCUCUUUUCAUAAAACGCAACGUUUUGCUGUGUGAAAUUUCAUCACCCCCGGCCCGAGUCCACUCCAUCUCUACCACGCGCACCUCCAACUUCAAAUCUUCCCCACCACCGUUGAAGCGCAAACCGCUGCCUCAGCGCAAUGUGGUCUGAAAAGUCUGCUGCCAUGAUCUUCGGCAUUGUAUGCUUACGGUGAAGGAUUCUUCUACUUCACGAUAUCAUCUUGUAAUCUAGGAACUAGGAAAGAAACAGAGCAGAGGGGGAGCAAUUAUUCCAAUAAUCUGCAAAAUAAGGAAUUGGUCAUCGUCUUGGAGUAAUUUUUUCUGUCCAUCUGAACGCUUGCUUAUACUUUGUGCUGGAGUACUGUCUAUUUAGCAGCAUCUUUAAGUGAGUAGGGGUGCGCCGGACCGCCGACGAAUAAUAGGUAUCCUCGCACCCCAGGCAGAGUUACUGAGCCGUGUAAUUAGCAACCAUUUCGCGCGGUUCGGGGGGCACUUAGGUCAGCCGCCGGCGUCGACUGUGUCUUGACCCCUAUCCAAUUAAGUUUGAGCUCCACAAUGGAAAGAAAUCUCGGUCCAAUACUGUGGCAAGAGCUGGAAAAUCUUGAAAAGGAUGCAGAUAGUCGAAAAUCUGCGAUGGAAGCGUUACGAGCAUACGUGAAAGAUUUGGAUUUUGAGACCAUUCCUGCCUUUCUCAACCAAAUUUCUGAAAUCAACGAAACCGGUUCUUUAUCUGGAGAAUUUCUGAUUUCACUAUAUGAAGUUCUUGCUCGAGUUCACGGUGUCAAAAUUGUUCCCAUGGUCGACAAUAUCACAGAAUCCAUAGUGCAGGCCUUAGCUUCAAGUGCGGGGUCAUUUCCUCUUCAUCAAGCUUGCUCAAGGGUGGUUCUGGCAAUUGCUAGAUAUGGAAUUGAACCCACAACCCCGGAAGAGAAGAAGAGGCAUAUAAUUCAUUCACUUUGUAUGCCUCUUUCUGAUUCUCUCUCAAGUUCCCAAGAGAGCUUAACUUCAGGCGCCCUUUGCUUAAACGCUCUUGUGGACUCUGAUAGCUGGCGAUUUGUUUCAGAUGAAAUGGUCAGUAGGAUUUGCCAAAAUGUCGCUGUGGCAUUAGAUGGAAAGCUCACCCAGACCAAUUCACACAUGGGUCUAGUUACGGCCUUAGCAAAGCGCAAUGCGUUUAUUGUUGAAGCCUAUGCAAGGUUGCUCAUACAAUCUGGACUAAGAAUACUGAAUGCUGGUCAUGAGGAGCGGAAUUCUCAAAGGCACUUGUCAGCCAUUCAAAUGUUGAACUCCUUGAUCAAAUUUUUGGAACCCAGGAGUGUAUUCUCCGAGCUUCAAUUGAUUAUUGAGGCGAUGGAGAAGUGUCAGUGUGAUAGAAUGGCAUAUGUUGCGGCUGCAGCAUUUGAAGUUUUGCAAGCCGCUGAGGAAAUUGCAUUUGACAAGAAGUCGAGGUAUGUAAAAAGUCAUGAUUCGAGUGCUGGGUCAAACUUAAGUAGAAGGGAGGGGGAAGAUGUUUCUGGUGAUGAGGACCAUUCUCCUGCAUCUAUCUCACCGGAACCCGAUAUCAUGGGCUAUUUCCCUGGAUAUGAAUCGAUUGUUGAGUCGCCAAUAUUAACGAAACAAGCUUCUCAGGACCUGAACCAAGAGCAUUGGUCUUUGAAUCCUAAGCAUGGAGUAUUAAGAAGUAACACCAAAAGUCCCCUAAGGUCACGUGCCCUUGCUACCCCAGACAGUAUUAAAACAUUCACAACCCCUACAAAGCAUAUUCACGCUCUCCAGUAUCAAGUGAUAUAAAGUCGAGUUGCUCUGAGAGACAAAUUAGAAGGUUGAGGAAUCUAUCCUCAGGCAAUAUGGAUUGGAGUCCAACAUCUAGCUAUGACCACAAGUAUUUUCCACAUAAUCUGGGCUAUGAGUGCAAUCAUAACGAUAGCUUAUAUGCUGAUGUACAAUUUCAAGGUGGGCCAGAAUCAGUUUCGUCGACAGAAGACCUUCCUGCUGGUGCUGACUUGCAGGGGCCUUCCGAGACAGUUCCCCCAAAGAGCGGUGAUGCUCAGAGUGCAGCUCGCAUCAAAAAGGCACUCCAAAAGACUAAACUGAAAUUGAUUUUUGGCCUUUCUCUUGUUCUACUUGCAAUGUUUCCUCUACUUUGGAUCAACAUUGAAGAUGAUUCUUAUCUGGCCCCUACUUAAUGCGCUAUCUGAUGUGCAGGCUGAAGAUAAAGAUGACGAUUGACAUACAAGUAUAGAACUAUAAAUUGAUAUACAAGUAUAGAACUAUAAAAUUUUCGACAGAGGAUUUUAUGACUUGUAAAUGUAUCGUGUUAAAUUUCGUCUAAAUGUUGGGAAGUUCAAAGUCAGAGUAAAAGAUCUAAUCCAUGCUGUGCGUAUCCUUUCGAGAAAAGGGUUUAUUUUUCCUGGCACAGAGAUUUUGAGAUAUAUGGUAUGCUUUUGUUAUAUAUUAUACUCUUAUUAUUUCUGA